GGAAUGAAGGAGGACUGGAGAGGCCAUGGGGUGCAUAAUUCAGGAUUACAUACUGUGUCGGAAUUGAUGGGUUCUUGGUCUCACUGACUUCAAGAAAGAAGCCGUGGACCCUCGUGGCUAUACAUGAAGCAUGAUGGUGGCAUCUGCUUGGCUGCUGGGGAGGGCUCAGAAAACUUACAGUCAGCCGGGCACAGUGGCUCACUCCUGUAAUCCCAGCACUUGGGGAGGCCGAGGUGGGCAGAUCACCUGAGGUCAGAAGUUCAAGACCAGCCUGUCCAACAUGGUGAAACCUCAUCCCUACUAAAAAUACAAAAAUUAGCCGGGUGUGGUGGGGGGGCACCUGUAACUCCAGCUACUCAGAAGGCUGAGGCAGGAGAAUCACUUGAACCCAGGAGGUGGAGGUUGCAGUGAGCCAAGAUCGCGCCACUGCACUCCAACCUGGACAACAGAGUGGGACUCUGUCUCAAAAAAAAGAAGCAAGAAAACUUACAGUCAUGGCAGAAGGCAAAGCAGGAGCAGGCACUUCACAUGGACACAGCAAGAGCAAGAGUGCAAGGCACAAGAGGUCAUUUUCUUCUGAGGAAGUCAUUCUUAAGGACUGUUCUGUCCCCAACCCCAGCUGGAACAAGGACCUAAGACUGCUCUUUGACCAGUUUAUGAAGAAAUGUGAAGAUGGCUCCUGGAAACGUUUGCCUUCAUAUAAACGUACACCUACUGAAAGGAUUCAAGACUUCAAAACCCGUUUUCUUGACCCAAAGCUUAUGAAAGAAGAACAAAUGUCACAGGCCCAGCUCUUCACCAGAAGCUUUGAUGAUGGCCUGGGCUUUGAAUACGUGAUGUUCUACAAUGACAUUGAGAAAAGGAUGGUUUGCUUAUUUCAAGGAGGCCCUUACCUGGAAGGACCACCUGGAUUCAUUCAUGGAGGUGCCAUUGCAACCAUGAUUGAUUCUACUGUUGGUAUGUGUGCAAUGAUGGCUGGGGGAAUCGUCAUGACUGCCAAUCUCAACAUCAAUUAUAAAAGACCUAUCCCUCUUUGUUCUGUUGUUAUGAUAAAUAGCCAACUUGAUGAAGUUGAAGGACGGAAAUUUUUUGUUUCCUGUAAUGUUCAGAGUGUUGAUGAGAAGACCCUAUACUCAGAGGCGACAAGCUUAUUUAUAAAGCUGAAUCCUGCUAAAAGUCUGACAUAAAGAGCUGCUGGUGAACUCCAUCUCAUUCUCGCCCCUCCAGAAGAAGCAGUUGUCCCCCAAAUACUCUGCUCCCUCACUGCUGAAUCCCUGUAGGGAGAAGCCUGCCAACAGUGACCUUCCGAAACAGCCUUCUGAAUACAAAGAGGAUUCAGUUUCCAUCUUCUCAACUUUUUAACACAGAAACACUUCCUGCGAGCAUAUCGUCAACUCUCAGGCCAGGCGCUGUGGCUCACACCUAUAAUCCCAGCACUUUAGGAGGCUGAGGCAGGCGGAUUGCCUGAGCUCAGGAGUUCAAGAUCAGUCUGGGCAACACGAUGAAACUCCGUCUCUACUAAAAUACAAAAAAUUAUCCAGGCAUGGUGGCGUACGCCUGUAGUCCCAGCUACUCAGGAGGCUGAGGCAGGAGAAUUGCUUGAACCCAGGAGGAGGAGGUUGCAGUGAGCCAAGAUCAUGCCACAUCACUCCAGCCUGGGCAACAGAACAAGAACCCAUCUCAAACAAACAAACAAACAAAAAACAAAAACUCUUGUCUCCUUAGGAUAUGUUACCUGCUCCACUGCAGACUAGAGAAAUAAAUGUGUAUUGAACCUUUUACUGCAAACUUGAAAAUGCUAGAAAACCAAGCAUGAAGAAUAAAUACAUGGCGGGAAACACACAGGCAUGUGCAUAUGCAUAUACAUUGUAAGUUAGUAAGUUAGAAAGCUAGCUUUGUUGUAUCUGAACACAUGAAUCUUUUUUGGUCAGUGUAGGAAGCACAGCCAGAUCCUAUAGGAAUGAAUACCUCAAAUCUGUUGUCUGAGAUUCUAGAGAUUAAAGCACUGUGCCAUUUUUAA